GAGGUGCAGGGGAGGAGGGGUGGGUUUGAAGGAGAACAAAAUGCUUGCUGUGGGAGGGGGAGGUCUUUCCGUAACGCGUUUUCUCUCAAAAUAUUGUUUAUUAAAGUUUUUUCUUAGGUAGAGUUUGGCAUUUAGUGGUCUCAGGACAAUGUGAGAGCAGUGACUUAGAAAAGAGGAAGCACAGAGAAUGAGUCACUUGUGAAUUUGCAGAUAAGGCUGAGAGUCACAACAUCGGACAGCUGGAAAGUGCAGGUCUAGGAAGAAAACCUGAUACAUCCUGAAAAUGUUUAACAAAUCCUUUGGAACUCCGUUUGGAGGCAGCACCGGCUUUGGGACAACUUCAACUUUUGGGCAAAAUGCUGGCUUUGGUACGACCAGCGGGGGAGCCUUCGGGACCUCGGCCUUCGGCUCCAGCAACAACACGGGCAGCCUGUUCGGGAGCACGCAGACCAAGCCAGGAGGGUUGUUUGGGUCCACCACGUUCAACCAACCAGCCACCUCCUCCACCAGCACUGGCUUUGGCUUUGGAACAUCCACUGGGACAUCAAACAGCCUCUUUGGAACCACGAGCACCGGUGGAAGCCUGUUCUCAUCCCAGAAUAAUGCCUUUGCACAGAACAAACCAGCUGGUUUUGGAAACUUUGGUACAAGCACCAGCAGUGGAGGGCUCUUUGGGACCACCAACACCACUUCCAACCCCUUUGGGAGCACAUCUGGCUCUCUCUUUGGCCCAACCAGCUUUACUGCUGCUCCAACUGGCACGACUAUUAAAUUUAAUCCCCCAACCGGCACCGACACCAUGGUGAAAUCCGGCGUCAGCACCAACAUCAACACCAAGCACCAGUGCAUCACUGCCAUGAAGGAGUACGAGAGCAAGUCCCUCGAGGAACUCCGUUUGGAAGACUACCAGGCAAAUAGGAAAGGGCCCACGAAUCCUGUAGGAGCAGGAGCAACUGCUGGCUUGUUUGGUUCUUCCACUGCCACGUCCAGCACAGCCACAGGGCUUUUUGGCUCUUCCACUACCAAUACAGGCUUCUCCUAUGGACAGAAUAAAACUGCUUUUGGAACCAGUACGACCGGCUUUGGCACGGGCACCACCGGGGGGCUCUUUGGGCAGCAGUCCCAGACCACCAGCCUGUUCAACAAACCCUUCGGCCAGGCCACCACCACGCAGAACACCGGCUUCUCCUUCGGGGGCACCAGCACCCUGGGCCAGCCCAACACCAACACCAUGGGUCUCUUUGGGGUCACCCAGCCCUCGCAGCCUGGAGGCAUUUUUGGGACAGCUGCCAAUACAAAUGCUGGGACUGGAUUUGGAACGGGAACUGGCCUUUUUGGACAAGCCAACACGGGAUUUGGUGUUGGUGGUUCGACCCUGUUUGGGAACAAGCCUGCUGGAUUUGGAGCCACCACGACCAGCGCUCCCUCGUUCGGUACCACCACGGGCGGAGGCCUCUUCGGUUUUGGUGCCAACACUGCUGGAAAUAGCUUGUUUGGAAAUAAGCCUGCAACUGGGACUCUGGGCACUGGGCUCGGAACAGGGUUUGGAACAGCUCUGGGGGCAGGACAGACGUCCUUGUUUGGAAACACGCAGCCAAAGCUGGGGGGAACGCUGGGAACCGGAGCCUUUGGAGCCCCAGGAUUCAACACCUCUACAGCUACCCUGGGCUUCGGGGCCCCUCAGCCUGCUGUAGCUCUGACAGACCCCAACGCCUCUGCAGCCCAGCAAGCUGUCCUCCAGCAGCACCUCAACAGCCUGACCUACUCACCCUUUGGGGACUCCCCGCUCUUCAGAAACCCCAUGUCCGACCCGAAGAAGAAGGAAGAGAGGCUGAAGCCAACCAACCCAGCAGCCCAGAAGGCCCUGACCACCCCCACCCACUACAAGCUGACCCCACGCCCUGCCACCAGAGUGCGGCCCAAGGCCCUGCAGUCAGCAGGCUCAGCCAAGUCCCAGCUCUUUGAUGGACUGGAUGAUGAUGAGCCCUCCCUGUCCAACGGAGCCUUCAUGCCAAAGAAGAGCAUCAAGAAGCUGGUUCUGAAGAACCUCAGCAGCAGCAACCUGUUCUCUCCCGUGAGCCGAGAGAACGAGGACCUGGCGUCGCCGUCGGAGUACCCGGAGAAUGGGGACAGGUUCUUCCUGUCGGUGCCUGCCGAGGAGAACCACAGGCAGGACGGGGAGCGGGAGGAGGAGGAGGAGGCCCACGAGGUGACCAGGUUUUACACCAACCCCAUUGCCAAGCCCAUCCCGCAGAGCCUGGAGGGCAGCGGGCACAAGCCCCACUCGAGCGUGGACGACACCAUCGUGGCGCUGAACAUGCGCGCGGCGCUGCGCAACGGGCUGGAGGGCAGCAGCGAGGACGCCUCCUUCCAGGAGGAUUCCCUGCAGGAGGAGUGGGACAAGGAGAUCGAGCCUGGCCUCCAGAAGCACCCUGCAGGGAUUGUCCUGACACGAGCUGGCUACUACACCAUCCCGACGCUGGAGGAGCUGGCCCGGCUGACCAUCGACAGGAAAUGUAUCGUGACAGACUUCACCGUCGGCCGCACGGGUUAUGGAUCAAUUUACUUUGAAGGAGAAGUAAAUCUGACAAACUUAAACCUGGAUGAGAUCGUCCAUAUCCGGAGAAAAGAAGUUAUUGUUUACCCUGACGACGAAAAGAAGCCUCCCAUUGGGGAAGGGUUAAACAGGCGAGCCGAGGUGACCCUGGACGGGGUGUGGCCCACGGACAAGACGUCGCGCUGCCUGAUCAAGAGCCCCGAGCGGCUGGCCGAGAUGGACUACGAGGGCUGGCUGGAGGCCGUGUCCCGCAAGCAGGGCGCGCGCUUCAAGGAGUACCGCCCCGAGACCGGCUCCUGGGUCUUCAAGGUAGCACACUUUUCUAAGUACGGCUUGCAAGAUUCUGACGAGGAAGAGGAAGAUCAUCCUUUAAAAGUGGACACCAAGAAGUUAAAGACCACACCUGUGCCACCCCCAGGGCACCUGCCACCCCAGCAGAUGGCCCUGAACGGCAAACCAGCGCCCGUGGCUCAGCCCCCGGAGCUGGAGCAGCUGGGCAGGGUGGUGGAGCUGGACAGUGACAUGGCAGACGUCACCCAGGAGCCAGCCCAGGAGCCCUUGGCAGAGGAUGCCCUGGCCGAGGAGCAGGAGGCAGUGCCAGCGUCCACGCACAUCGCAUCCACCCAGGGCAUCAACCCCUACGUCCUGCAGAUCAUGAAAGCUUCCUUGCUUGCUGAUGACGACGACCUGGAUUUGAUCCUGGAUUAUCCUGGGAAGCAGCCUGUCAAGAUGGACACUUCCCAAGAGAUCUGCUCCCCAAGGCUUCCCAUUUCAAAAUCACAAGGACAGAAAAGACACUCAGCUGCUGGGCUGCUGCAAUCCAAGUUUGCCAGUGUCCUUUCCCAGUCGCCGAGCGCUGCCGUGGCAGACGCCAAGGGCCCCAGGACUUUGGGCAGCGGCCCCUGUGCUGCGCCGUGGCCGGCAGCGUCGCCGCUGGCCGCGGCGUUCGCCGUGCCCGCGGCCGUGCCCGAGGUGCAGGUGAAGACCGUGGGGGCCCGCAGGCAGCGCGGGCUGGUCCCUCUGGAGAGGUCCAUCACCUACGGGAAAGGGAAUCUCCUGAUGGACAUGGGACUCUUCAUGGGCCGCUCCUUCCGCGUGGGCUGGGGACCCAACUGGACGCUGGUCAACUGUGGGGAUCAGCUGAGCGGCUCGAGUGACGUGGAAGAUGCUCAGCUGGAGCCCGUGGAGUACGGGUUCCUGCCCACUCCCGUGGCUCCCAAAUCACUCACAGAAUCUCCUUUCAAAGUUCACGUGGAAAAAUUGAGUUUGGAACAGUGGAAGAUGGACAGAGACAAGGAGCUGUAUCUCACCCCUCUGGAGAUAAAGCUGAAGCACAGCACUGUCCAUAUGGAUGAGCCCUGUCCUCUCCUGGCCCCCAACCCCGGAGUCUCUGCUAUCCAUGACUAUGCUGACUGGGCCAGGAGAGCAUCUGAGGACCCCACUGUGGCAGAGACCGUUGUGAAGCACUGGUGCUUGGCCUGGACCUUGUGUGAGGCCAUCUGGGGCAAGCUGAAGGAGCUGGAGGCCAGCCUGGAGGAGCCCAGCGAGUACGUGCUGGCGCUGGAGCGGCGCCGGGCGUUCUCGCGGUGGCUCUCGGAGACGGCGGCCGGGCGCAUCGAGGAGGAGGUGGCCCUGGCCCGGCACGGCAGCCACGUCGAGGCCGUGUUCAGCUGCCUCACGGGCAAGAGGAUCGGCGAGGCCUGCAGGCUGGCACAGCAGGCAGGUGACCACCGGCUGGCGCUGCUGCUGUCACAGCUGGCCGGCAGCCAGCCCGUGCGGGAGCUGCUGACCCUGCAGCUGGUGGACUGGCACCGCCUGCACAGCGACCGCUUCAUCCAGGAGGAGCGGCUGCGCCUCUUCGCCCUGCUGGCCGGCAAGCCGGUGUGGCAGCUCUCCGAGAGGAUCAGUGUCAACGUGUGCUCGCUGCUGGACUGGAAGCGCUGCGUGGCCGUGCACCUGUGGUACCUGCUGCCCCCCACGGCCUCCAUCUCCAGGGCUCUGGCCAUGUACGAGUCAGCCUUUCAGAACACCUCAGAGUGUGAAAAAUACGCCUGCUGUCCUCUGCCUCCUUACCUGGAGGACUCUGGGUGUGUCAUUGAGGAAGAUGACAAUGGAGGAAGGCCCCUGAGAGAUGUCUGCUUCCAUUUGUUGAAGCUCUACAGUGACAGGUCCUAUGAGCUGGACCAGCUGCUGGACCCCAGGAGUGUCACCUCAGACCCGCUGGAUUUCCGCCUCAGCUGGCACCUGUGGGAGGUGCUCCGGGCCCUGAACUACUGCCACCUGUCCCAGCAGAGCUGGGGAGUGCUCAACACCAGCUAUGCUGCCCAGCUGGAGAGCGAGGGGCUGUGGGAGUGGGCUGUGUUCGUCAUGCUGCACGAGCCGGACACGCACGUGCGGGAGAAGGCCGUGCGGGAGCUGCUGAGCCGGCACUGCGCGCUCGCCGAGAGCCCCGAGUCCUGGGCCAAGGAGAGCUUCCUGACACAGCGCCUCUGCGUCCCCCCACGCUGGAUCCACGAGGCCAAGGCCGUGCGGGCCAGGAUGGAGGGCGACAAGCACAAAGAGGCCCUUUUCCUCUUCAAGGCUGGCCACUGGAACCAGUGCCACAAGCUGGUGGUCAGGCACUUGGCCUCAGAUGCAAUUAUCAACGAGAACUACAAGUACCUGAAGGGAUUCCUGGAGGACCUGGCGCCCCCGGAGCGCAGCGCUCUCAUCCAGGACUGGGAGCUGGCGGGGCUGGUCUACCUCGACUACAUCCGUGUCAACGAGAUGCUGGACAGGAUUCAGCAGCUGGAUGUUUCCACCUACGAGCUGGAGCGGUUACACACCAAAGUGACGUCCCUGUGCAACAGGAUAGAGCAGCUGCAGUGCCACACGGCCAAGGACCGCCUGGCUCAGUCAGACAUGGCGAAGCGCGUGGCCAACGUGCUGCGGGCGGUGCUGAGCCUGCAGCAGGGCCCCGAGGCGGGCCCCGAGCCCGCGGAGCCGCGCGUGCCGCUGCGGCUGCUGGCCCCGCACAUCGGCCGCCUGCCCAUGCCCGAGGACUACGCGCUGGAGGAGCUGCGCGGCCUCACCCAGGCCUACCUGCGCGAGCUGGCGCUGGCCGCGCACUGAGCUCGGCACGACUCACUCUGGCACGGCACGGCACGGCAUGGAUUGGGAUGGCACGGGCAGCCGAGGCAGAGCCGCCCCUGGCACGCGGCUCCUGCCCGGCGCCCCGCGCGCGCCGGAGAUCUUCAUGCAUGAGGAGUAUCGAAAGGUUUUUAUCAAAAAAUAUAAAUAAAUGCUCUAGAUUAUUUUCCUGUCUUUUUGAAAACCACAAAUAAAAUGUUUAUAGUACUC